GGCCCGCGGGUGUCAGGCAGCGGGGCGGAUGCUCAAGGCCUUCGGCGCCUUUUUCCCGCAGUACCCGGAGGAGGUUUAAGGAGGAGCCCUCUGGGUCUCGGGCGUAGGCUGGCCGUUACCUUCCGGGUGAGGCACCGGGCAUCCUCUGGGCCGGCACGUCAGUACUGACAGCGGGAGCGGGGCUGUGAGUAAGGCCUAGAACCGCCACAUCUCUUUCUGGGGUUACCAGAAGGUGGUAGUCCCUGGAGAAGAUAUUUUUUAUUGAAGAUAAAAUGGUGACGUUAAUUCACACUUUAGCAGAUCAUGGUGAUGAUGUCAACUGUUGUGCCUUCUCAUCAUCGUGCUUGGCCACUUGUUCCUUGGACAAAACAAUUCGUGUUUAUUCUUUAAACAACUUUGCUGAGCUUCCCUACUCGCCGUUACAAGGCCAUACGUAUGCUGUGCACUGCUGCUGCUUCUCUCCAUCGGGACAUCUUUUAGCCUCAUGCUCAACAGAUGGCACUACCAUGCUCUGGGACACAGGUGGUGGUGGGAGGCUGGCAGUGCUGGAGCAGCCUGGAAGCAGCCCCGUUCGUGUCUGCAGGUUUUCUCCAGGGUCCAGGUACCUGGUGUCGGGGGCAGCUGAUGGGAGUGUGGUUCUCUGGAACUCACAGUCAUUGAAACUGUACAGAUCUGGCAAUGUUAAAGAUGGUUCUUUGGUGGCCUGUGCGUUUUCUCCUAAUGGAAAUUUUUUUGUCACUGGAUCAUCGUGUGGUGAUUUAACCAUCUGGGAUGAUAAAAUGAGAAGCCUGUAUAAUGAAAAAGCACAUGAUCUUGGCGUUAUGUGCUGUGAUAUUUCUUCACAGCCAGUUUCUGAUGGUGAGCAUGGAUGCAGAUACUUCCAGAUGGCUUCUUGUGGUCAAGAUAAUCAGAUCAAACUCUGGCUUAUCUUCUUUGCAGAUUUCUUAGGUGCUGAAUUAAAAUACAAAUGCACACUGAGUGGACAUUCUGCCCCAGUUCUGGCUUGUGCAUUUUCAUAUAAUGGGCAGAUGUUAGUUUCUGGGUCUGUGGACAAGAGUGUCAUAAUAUAUGAAACUAAUACUGGCAAUACCCUUCACACUUUGUCUCAACAUACCAGGUAUGUUACAACUUGUGCUUUUGCACCACAUAGUCCCUUACUUGCCACAGGUUCAAUGGACAAAACUGUGAACAUAUGGCAGUUUGACCUUAAGCAACCCUGUGCAGGAAGUUCUGUAGAAGCUGAAUCUAAGGUGGCUGUUGAGGACUGGUCAGAGGACGACGUUUCAGCCUGGCUUUCUGCAGAAAACUUAGUAAACUUUGUUGGGCUUUUCAAAAAGAAUAACAUUGAUGGCAAGGAACUACUGAAUCUUACUAGAGAAAGUCUGACUAACGAAUUAAAAAUUGAGUCUCUAGGCCUGCGCAGUAAAGUCCUUCAGAAAAUUGAAGAGCUGAGGAUGAAAACGAUCUCUUUUCCUGUUACUAUCCCUGAUGAGUUUUUAUGUCCUAUAACAAGGGAGCUUAUGAAGGAUCCUGUCAUUGCAGCAGAUGGCUAUUCCUAUGAAAGGGAAGCAAUGGAACACUGGAUCAGGAACAAAAGAUGCUCUAGCCCCAUGACAAAUCUCCCUCUCCACUCUCUUAUGCUUACACCAAACAGGACACUAAAAAUGGCUAUCAAUCACUGGCUAGAGACUCAGCAGAAAUAAAGGUGGUGAUAAUAUUAAGAACAAGAUGUUCUCCAAACAAGGGAAUUCUUUCCUACAAUGGAAGUGCAGGCCCAGCCCUAAACCCUUCCCUUGUAUGGCAACAGAUUUUUCUGGAGGGCAGCAGAGCUCUGCUGGUAGCACUAAGAACUGGCACUUUGAUAAGCCCUUCAUUGUUAUUUUCAGAGCAGCCAACUUGAACUUGGCCUCAUGACCAUGUAUUGUUGUGCUUAGAAAAGACCUGGCAAACCCAAAUGGCACCCCUGUCUUAUAUAGUUCCUACUAUGCCAUGACUAUUUUGGUAUUUUUUCAGCUUGGUAAGAUGGUCCCUCCUCUCUCCCCUUGUUUUUGUCUGGAGCUACUAAUGAUUCCACAUUAUCCUUCCUGUAAAGUACCUGUUCUUUCUUGGUAAUAAUUAAUGCUGCACUGGAGUUUGGUUGAUGCUGAAAACAUCCUGUUGAGUGAAGUAGCAGUCCCAUUCACGCUUGCACUUAAUAAAAAUAAUCCCUCUU